CUCCACCUCCUCCACCGCUGGGUCUCCUCUGGGCCGCGCUACCCAGAGAGAGUUUGUCCUGCCGGAAAGCAGCUCGCCGCCACGGCGUUUUACGUUACCGGCGGUGACAGGCCCUAGGAACAUCCAACUUCCUCCCUUCAGCUGGGCGAAAGCCGACGUGAUGUUCGGUGCCGGAGACGAGGAUGAUACCGACUUCCUCUCGCCAAGCGGCGGAGCCAAGCUGGCUUCUCUUUUUGGACUGGAUCAAGCAACUAUGGGCCAUGGAAAUGAAUUCUUCCAGUAUACGGCCCCAAAGCAGCCUAAGAAAGGCCAGGGAAUAGCAGCAACAGGAAAUCAGACAACACCAAAACCAGCACCAGCUACUCCAGGCACAUCCUCAGUGCUGUUUGCCACUGCAGUGCAUGCAUACCGCUACAUAAACGGCCAAUAUGCAAAGCAGGGCAAAUUUGGAGCGGCUGUCCUGGGGAACCACACAACCAGAGAGUAUAGGAUUCUUCUUUACAUCAGUCAGCAGCAACCAGUGACUGUUGCUACAAUUCAUCUCAAUUUUGAGCUAAUGGUUCGGCCCAAUAACUACAGUACCUUUUAUGAUGACCAGAGACAAAACUGGUCUAUCAUGUUUGAGUCAGAGAAGGCUGCUGUGGCAUUCAAUAAACAGGUGUGUGUGGCCAAGUGCAAUAGCAUUUCUUCCUUGGAUGCAGUGCUGUGUCAGGACUUGGUUGCAGCCGAGGGUCCUGCUGUGGAAACUGGAGAUUCUUUAGAAGUAGCCUAUACGGGCUGGCUCCUUCAGAAUCAUGUACUGGGCCAGGUUUUUGAUUCUACUGCUACCAAAGAUAAGCCGCUUCGCCUGAAAUUAGGAUCAGGAAAAGUUGCCAAGGGCUUAGAGGAUGGGCUACUGGGCAUGAAGAAAGGAGGAAAGCGCUUAAUUAUCACUCCUUCAGCCUGCGCUGCUGGCUCUGAAGGAGUAAUGGGCUGGCCUCAGCCAACAGACUCCAUCCUGGUGUUUGAGGUAGAAGUUAGGCGGGUAAAGUUUGCCAGAGAUUCUGGCUCUGAUGGCCACAGUGUGAGCUCCCGGGAUUCUGCAGCCCCUUCUCCCAUCCCUGCUUCUGACAGCCUUUCAGCUGAUCCUAUUGUGACACCACCCCUACCAUUGCCUCUCAAACCUGGAGAGCCGGCUCUUCGUUCCAAAUCUAACUCUCUCAGUGAACAACUUACUGUAAAUACAAGUCCUGAUACAGUCAAGGCCAAGCUGAUCUCCCGGAUGGCUAAAAUGGGCCAACCCAUAAUGCCCAUCCUUCUACCACAGCUGGAUUCCAAUGACUCAGAAACUGAAGAUGCCACUGUUCUGCGAGGACCUGGGCAAUCCCUUGUGACAGUGUCUGUCCAGCCUCCUCUUCAGCCAGCUCAGCCGGUAUUACCACAGAUGGCCUCACAGGCACCUCAUGCGUCUAGUUCUGGGCUCCAGACACCCUCUGCUGCCUUGGUACAAGCUGUGUCCCUUGAUUCUCACUCAGCUGUAUCUGGAAAUGCGCACAACUUCCAGCCCUAUGCAGGUGUGCAAGCCUACACAUAUCCCCAGACACCCUCAGUUCCUUCCCAGCUGCAGCCUGCUCGGCCCUUGUACCCAGCACCACUGUCCCAGGCUCCCCACUUUCAAGGAUCAGGUGACAUGAUGUCCUUUCUCAUGACCGAAGCCCGGCAACACAACACUGAAAUUCGAAUGGCAGUCAACAAAGUGGCUGAUAAAAUGGAUCAUCUCAUGACUAAGGUCGAGGAGUUACAGAAGCAUAGCUCUGGCAAUUCCAUGCUGCUUCCUAGCAUGUCGGUCACAAUGGAAACAAGCAUGAUUAUGAACAACAUCCAGCGCAUCAUCCAGGAAAAUGAGAGACUGAAACAGGAGCUCCUUGAGAAAAGCAGUCGGAUAGAAGAGCAGAAUGACAAGAUUAGUGACCUCAUUGAACGAAAUCAGAGGUAUGUUGAGCAGAGUAACCUGAUGAUGGAGAAGAGGAACAACUCGCUUCAAACAGCCACAGAAAACACACAGGCAAGAAUAUUGCAUGCUGAACAAGAGAAGGCCAAGGUAACAGAAGAGUUGGCAGCAGCCACUGCACAGGUGUCUCACCUGCAGCUGAAAAUGACCGCUCACCAGAAGAAGGAGACAGAGCUUCAGUUGCAACUGACAGAAAACUUGAAGGAGGCAGAUCUUCUGAGGGGCCAAGUCACCAGACUCCAGGCUGACCUCUCAGAGCUUCAAGAAGCCUCUGAGCAAACACAGACUAAACUCAAAAGUGAGAAGCAGAGCCGGAGGCAGCUAGAGCUCCAGGUAACCUCUCUGGAGGAAGAGCUGGCGGACCUGCGAGCUGAGAAGGAGUCCCUUGAAAAGAACCUCUCAGAGAGGAAAAAGAAAUCAGCUCAGGAGCGCUGCCAGGUAGAGCAGGAGAUGGACGAGAUUCGCAAGUCUCACCAGGAGGAACUGGACAGACUUCGGCAGCUCUUGAAAAAGGCUCGGGUGUCCACAGACCAAGCAGCUGCAGAGCAGCUGUCUCUUGCACAGGCUGAGCUGCAGAGCCAGUGGGAAGCUAAGUGUGAGCAGCUUUUGGCCUCUGCAAAGGAUGAACACCUGCAGCAGUACCAAGAAGUGUGCGCGCAGAGGGAUGCCCAGCAGCAGAAGCUGUCUCACCUUCAGGACGAGUGCUUAGCUCUCCAGGCCCAGAUUGCAGCCUUCACUGAACAGAAUGAACACAUGCAGCGACUGGAGAAGAGUAAGUCCCAGGCCCCUGCAGGCAGAGCUGCUGCUGACCCCUCAGAGAAGGUCAAGAAGAUCAUGAACCAAGUGUUCCAGUCACUGAGGGGAGAGUUUGAGCUGGAGGAAUCUUAUGAUGGCAGGACCAUUCUGAGGACGAUCAUGCAUACAAUCAAGAUGGUGACGCUGCAGCUGUUGAACCAUCAGGAGGAGGAGGAAGAGGAGGAGGAAGAGGAGGAGAAGCCGCCCCUGAGACCUUCCCUUGAGCAGCCAGGCCUUGCUACCCCAGGAAUGCCUCCAGCACCCCCAAGUGGGGAGACGCAGGAGGUUCCCAAGGUGCUGCCAGAACAGGUAGUAGAGGAGACCACCUCACUGCCUCUACAGGCUCUCCCCAUGCCAGAAAAUGGUGCACAGACAAGGAAAGGGGAGCCCUCAGAAGCAGAGAUACCCUCAGAAAUCAAAGACAGUUCUCUCCCACCUGAGCCAGCUGGAAUCCCAACCCAUAGAGUCCUGGGGCCCCCGACUUCAAUCCCACCUAGACCUCCAGGACCUGUAACUAUGGACUCUGAGUCUGAGGAGACACUUGCUGCUGGCCAGAGAACAGUGCAGCCCAAUAGCCUAUUGGGAGAAGAACAUGUCAGGGAAGUAGCCACAGAUGGCCUACUGCAAGGAAACUCCAGAAGAUUGUCACUGACUCCAGACUCUGACAAGGGAGACCCACCAGCCUUAGACCCUGAAAGCCAAGGAGGAGAACCUCAACCUCCUGAGCUCAAACAAGUUGAGGAUGUUAGUAGCCCUGGUCCCCAUGAGACAUCGUUGGACACAGAGCUUGCUUCAACAGCUGCAGGAGCAUCCCUCAGACACAACCAGGACUCCCAGCACUGCAGUCUCUCUGGGGAUGAAGAGGAUGAGCUGUUUAAAGGGGCAACUCUGAAAGUUCCAAGGCCCACAGCCCAGCCUGAGGAGGAGGAGGAUGAAGAUGAGGUGGUAAGGAAAUCUCAGACUCUGCUGAGUCCUCACACCACCACCUGGGGGCUCGUCUCUGCAGGUUCAGAGAUGAGAAAAGGAGUCUGUUGGUGGCUUAUUUCCUGGACUCUGUGUACAGGACCCUGUGGGAGUAAGCUUGGGGCUCAGAGUGGACAGCUCUGUAAACAUGGUGGUGACAGCCAGCUGCCACUGUACUCUUAAGAGGGCAUUGUAAGUUCUGGGCCCUGGGGAGCCCAUUUGGAGCGAGGGAAGGUGGGAAGGAUUCUGAAGAUCAGCUUGUUGGGGGUCUCCUCAUUCCUAGACAAAAAGAUGAGUCUGAAGGGUCAUUCAGGAAGCCUCUCUUGGGGCUACCUGGCCCCAAUUCCAAUCUGCCUUCUGUUUGUCAUCAUAACACCCUGGGCAUUGUUUGUCAUCAUAACACCCUGGGCAGCAGGUGGCUUCAGUGUUGACAGUGUAACUUCAGCUUAGGGAGCAGGAGAGCCAGGGACAACAAAGGAAGUUACUGACAGAGUCAGGAUUGGAGCCCUGGCUUGCAUCUGACACUUGACCAUUUUGGCUCUGUAAUGGGAAUUUCACUGUCAGGAAAUGUGUGUAGAGGAGACAAGAGCAUUAGAUUCAGUCCAUCCACAGGACGGAACUAUGAGACUGAAUACGGGUGAAACCUGUUGCCCUCUACACCAUUCACCUGGUGUGUGUUCUGCUUUUUCCAGAAGGCAGUGACACCUGGAACCUAGCUCAGAUGAAUCAGAGCCCCUUCCUCUUUCCUGCCUUCAGAGGUGUAUCAGCCCCUCCCAUUCGCAUGCCUUCCUAAGAAUUAAGUUUGCAUUUGAGAAUACUAACUACAAAUAGAAGGAAAUACUGUCAUUUCCAGCAAGUUAAUAAUCUGUCUCUUGAGUACUCAGAAAACUACAUCCUCAUUUAAACUUCUACUGAUGUGCCCUAUAGGGCAGAGGGUUGAGGCUUAGGGAGAGUAAAUAAUGUAACUGUGAUUAUGUGAUGAGUAAACACCACAGACCCUUGGCCAGAACAAAACAGAAGCUUCGGCCCACAUUUCAGUCCUGCAGGGCGCUUUGCAGGAUUGCUUAGCUGAUGCCUGCAGAGAAAUACAGGUCUGCUAAUAGAAGGACUAGAGGAUGAGCGCAGUCUUCCCCUGGCCCGCCUCCCUGCUUAGCAGAAGCUCACAGAGAAGAAAAUGCCUCAGAGAUUAGUCCAAUGUUAACCUUUGUCUGCAGUCUAAGCCCUGUUGUCACCCUAGCAAACCAGAGGAAAAGCCAGAGUUUAAGUCAUGAAGAGUAGGAGAGUCUCCUGCAUGGCUCCUUGUGUUAGUGAGCAUUCUGUUACUGGCACAAAUGCCUGACACAGAAGUGCAUAAAGACAGGAUGUGCAUUUUGGUUCACAGUUUCACAGGUUUUAGCCCAUUGCUGUUAGGCCUGUGGAAAGAUAUGUAGAGAAAACGCAGGAGAAAAGGAAGAAGUGAGAGACUGAGGGAGGAGCGCCAGUGCUCCCCUCUCCUCUGAGGGCAACCUCUAAUCAUCUGAGACUUUCCUGGGCCCCACCAAAGCAAAGUUCCCACCACCUCCCUACCAAUGCUGCCAAGCUGAGGCCUUGAACCUUUAACACAGUAGCCUUUGGCUGGGACUCAUAGGCGGCCCAGCACGUGUUAGCCCCUUCCUCCCUCUCCUGCAUUAAAGAGAGCAUGGGCCCUGCCUUUGUAGACUUUUUUUUAAUCUCUUGGGAUAUUCCACUUGAGUUUGCCUCUACAUACACAUCUUUAUGAGUUUGACUGGUCAACUCAGGUGACAGCUGGCUUUCAGAUAUGACUGUCAUCUUCCCUUAUUUCCAAGACUGCUUUGCUUCUGUUUCUUUCUCUUAUCCCAUCUCUCCUCAAUGAGCCUUCCUUUUUAAUAUGAAAUGUGUAAAUUGGCAUAUCUGUCCAAUCAGUACACUUGUUUCACAAAUAAACUACAAAAUCAGCCAAGUAAAA